CCCUCCCGCCACUCGCCGGUGUCUCUCCGAGGCGCAGCCAGUUUCUAUAGCGACGGCGCUGAGCCGCGGCUCUUCCGAGUAGUAACAAAGCCGGCCGGGGCUCCGCGCCGGGGCUGCGGGGGGAAGCGCUGCCGCUGCCGAGGACGCCCGACAGUUUUUGCCCAUGUGGAGAAGAAAAGGCAUUUCUUGUGUUCCGUGCAAGUGAACCUUUCCAAGGAGUUCUUUUUCAUGGAAAAUGGACGCCUGGCUCAGAGUAAAGGACGUGCAGUGCACAAUCCCUAGCAGAAGCUGAAAAUGGAUGAUGUCUACUGAUGCUUUUCAAUGACGUCAUCUCCUCUUUUUCUGUUUGAGAUGGGUGAUAGGAAAAUAUUCUAAAAUAAGACUUAGUGACCUCUUCAUCCCUUGACUUCUCUUUCCACGAGCCUGAAAACUGCCUGAAGAAAUGACCACUCAGCUACCAGAGGAGUCUGUGGAGACCCAGAGCUCAGAUGAGCUCGAGUGCAAGAUCUGUUACAACCGCUAUAACCUGCGGCAGAGAAAGCCAAAAGUGCUGGAGUGCUGUCACAGAGUGUGUGCCAAAUGCCUUUGCAAGAUCAUAGACUUUGGGGAUUCCCCACAAGGAGUCAUAGUGUGCCCGUUCUGCAGGUUUGAAACGUGCCUGCCGGACGAUGAGGUCAGUAGUCUUCCCGAUGACAACAACAUCCUUCUGAAUUUAGCUUGUGGGGGAAAGGGAAAGAAGUGCCUACCAGACAACCCAACAGAACUGCUGUUGACUCCCAAAAGGCUGGCAUCUCUGGUUAGCCCUUCUCACACCUCUUCUAAUUGCCUGGUUAUAACAAUCAUGGAAGUACAAAGAGAAAGUCCCCAGACUCUGAACUCAACGCCCGUGGUGGAAUUUUACAGGCCUACAAGUUUUGACUCUGUUGCAACUGUGUCCCACAACUGGACAGUGUGGAACUGCACAUCUUUGCUCUUCCAGACCUCGAUUCGGGUGCUAGUGUGGUUGCUAGGGCUGCUGUACUUUAGCUCCUUGCCUUUAGGGAUUUAUUUACUGGUAUCCAAGAAAGUCACCCUUGGGGUUGUCUUUGUGAGCCUUGUUCCUUCGAGCCUUGUUAUUCUCAUGAUUUACGGCUUUUGCCAGUGUGUUUGCCAUGAAGUUCUAGACUGCAUGUCGUCUUGAUAACAAAUACAGUAAAAAAAGGUGUAUUACCAGAUGUGUAGCAUAGUUGAUCUAUCCUGUUUUUGUAUUCUUUGUAUUCUUAUUUAUUCUUAUUGUCCAUCCCACUAAAUGGAAGCAGUUACAUGGUCCCUUUUUUCCCAACUGAAUCUGACGCCCCUCACCCCAAGCAUUUUUUGAGCUAAGAACUGGAAAUAAAAAUUGCAUGUUGAUUUUGAAGGGCUGAAUUUUAGAAAGGAAUAAAGCCAAAUCACCAAACUUGGUGCCUGCUGCUGCUGCCACUGUUCAAAUGAGUAGGACUUUGCUUUGUAUUGGACUGAUCAAGUUAGUUCAUGCUGUGGGAUUCACCCGAGAAAAAAUUACUGCGGCAGACAGCUUCCAGAUGCAAGUACUGCAUCUCUUCACCCAAAGCAUCUCAUGCUCUGAGAUACCUGUUAUUUAUAAUCCAUCAUCAUUUAUAGCAAAUUAAAUCACUCUAUUAGUUAAUAGUCUAAGAAAAAUAAAACAAACUACCAAUUUUUUUUACUUCUUGCUACAGCAAAAAUACUUGUGGGAGGCCAAUAUUUUUUUUUUGAAUGUUAAAAAACUUGUCUCCAGAACACUUUCCCCAAAGAGAAGCCCAUUUUUCCUUGUCAUACAGUUGCAGCUCACUGUGAAAUAUUCCUGCUAAUGAGUACUUCUGGGGACCCAGCCCUGUCCUUGGUGUUCUCCAGGUGCACUUAUUUUAGUGUACACAGCUUAGGCUUCCUUUUGAGGGCUCAGAGCUGUGCAGAUUUCUCUAGCUAUGUUCUGUUAUGCUUACCCUUCCCCUCAGCAUUUCCUCCACCACCACAUUUCAAGCCACCAGUCCUUCCUAAUGGAGACAACCAACCUCAUGCACAUGUACUCUGUGGUAGCUGUGCUGGAGAAUUUGGCUUAUGUGACUUUAGCUCUCAAGACAGACUUUUAUUCCCAACCAUUAGGAAAUAGAUCUUCAAUCAGUAAUAGAAAUUCAAGGAAAAAAAUCUGAAAUGGUUAACUGGGGUUUUAUUUGGUUGGUUUUUUUUUGGUUUGUCGGUUUGUUUGUUUUUGUUCUGAGUUCACAGAAUGAGCACUGUAAGGAGAUAAUGUGACUUUGGGAAGAUUUUUGUUUAAGGCAUAGUCCUUUAAAAUGUUUUAAUACUCUGAACUCCCCCUGUCACCACUGUGAGUUGAUGGCAAUCCAGAUGUGGCAAUUAGCAUGUUUCCAUUAGUGGAGCUCAGAGGAAUUACUGAUACUUUACCAUUCCACAAAUAGAACCAGGCCCUGUAAGGCUUGCUUGUAUUUUGCAUGGUUUAGGCUAUUUUUUGAACUACGGGAAGAACACAAAAAUAAGUAAUAUUUAAUGUUUAUGUGUAUAACUAGGUCUAGCAACACCGCAGCUGCAAACUGGUUUUCUUGUGCACAGCAGAGUGGAGUUGAGCAGUGCAAGCCUGGUUUUUGGGUUUGGCACAAGACUUAGUCAUUUCAGGGCAGUGUAAAAGGGAGAGGGGUUUGUUGCAUGAAAAUUGAAUGUAUGGCCUAGCAAUAUACUCUUAGAGCAAACAGACUUUGGUAAGAAUGAAAAAAUGACAGUGGGAAAAGCAGAGCCUGUCAAGAGGAUUUGAAGUUAAGGUGGUUCUGUUUUUGUAGACAGCACAAGUGGUAUCUGCAGUUUUAUUCCUAUUGCAAACAGAGAAAAUGUGGAAACGUAAAGGUCCUGCUUUUCUUGACCCUCAUUUUCUAAUAGUGCGUAUAUAUGUGUGUGUAUGUACGUAUAGACACAUAUGUGAGAAGAAAACUUACAGCCAAAUCAUAGUUUUCAAGUGUAUGGAGUUAUGGAGCUAUGUAUUGAAUGAUUAAAGGAAAUGUUUCAGACUUUUCUGUAAUGACAAUAAUUAUACCUAAAAUAUUUUCAGAAUUCCUAGAAAAUGCUGUUCCUAAGUAGUUGUUUUUAAUGUUUGUGGUAAAGCACAUGUAGUUAGAAGAGGAAUCGUCUCCAGUCGAGGUUUAACUCAUCUAUGAACUCAUCAAUUUUAAGUAUCCAACAAUAAUCAUGUCAAAAAGAAAGAAAAAUAAAAACCUAUGUGGUUUUAUAGAACUUCAUGACUUUUGGAAAGAUGUAUUUGUAGUGUUAGGGGUUUAUAUGUUUUAGGAUUUGUUCAAUUUGUCUGAAUAUAGUGUCUCUAAUAAAGGGCUAACAGAGGAUAUAGGUUUUGCAAAUGUGUGAUAUAUAUGAAUUACCUCUGCAUGACAUGCUCUACAGUGCUACCUGUUGUUUUUUCCUUUUGAUUUUCAGCUGAUUAUCUGAGCUCCAGCACCAGGUAUUUUGUACUCUGUUUUAAAACAGCCUAAUUGUAGCAAAAUUACAGCGGUAUCAGUUACACAUCACAGCACAAAUUAAUACACCUAUUGUUAUACUUCUCUACUUUUCAGAUUGCCAGCCCAUUAAAUUUAUGCUGUUCUUCCAGGCUGUGCUGCAUUUCUAACCCAUUCAAAGAUGCAAGCCUGCAAAAGCAUAUUGAUUGUACAGCUAUGCUGCCACUCAGCCAGAGCAUGCUAUUGCAACUUUGGGGUCAUAAAAUACCUAUAUGACUUACAAUAUGGCCAUUGAGAAUUGCUGGGAGAUAAAUCUCAAUUAUUUGUGGAGAAGAAUUUUUGCUGUGUGACUGACCAGAAGAACUUCAGAUAUUACUCUUUCCUUAUUUUUAUUCUCUACCAUCCUUUAGACUUUGAACUGAAAGCUCUUGUGUCCUCUGCAGUGGAAUAACUGUGCUGAAAUCAAUGUAAAUGGGGCUAAAAUCAAGACUAGCUUACUUCUCUGCCUGGUUUUCCUUCCUUUUCUCUGGCUGUUUUUCUCUUCUUGGAAAGUAAUGGCUCCUGAGGUUGUAAAAUACUGCCUGCACACUAAGGCAAUUUCCUUUCAGUGGGAUUUAUUCCUGCUAUGCCCAGACAUGACUCAACCAAGUACAAAGUGCUAGAAAUUCAUUACUACAGGAUUAAUUUAGACCAAAUGAGAUUUUUUGUCUUGUUUUGUUUUUAAUUCCUGCUUAUCCUAUGGAUGCAGGCUCUAUCCUUGCCAGCUGCCCAUGCACAGUAUGAUAUUGUGGUAUCCCCUGAGGGCUGGGGCAGGGUGGUGCAGGAGCAGCUGCUGGGCACAGCUUAGGAAGGAUGUGCUGAGCUGGGCCAUCCUGUGAGCAGGAUGAAGGUGAGGGAGGAAGCUCUGCAGGUGUGGCUUGAGCCCAGAGCCCAAAGGGUAAUUAAGAGAGCGUGGGUCAACAGAGUCUGUGGGCUCUUACAUAGAAAGUGGGGCUGGGCUGGGCUGACUGAGAAGCUGAGCAAAGCAGAGAGGGGAGGUUUGUCUAUGCCUGGGACAAAGGGGCUGUUUUGGAUAAAUAUUUUGGGGUAGAGCUGCUGCAAACAGUUUAAUGUUUUCCAUACCGACCCUUCUGGGGUUUAAAAUUAAUUAAAUUAAUUCCCUGCUGUUAUUACAGUUGAGUACAUUUACUUUCCAAAUGGCAAAGCAUUGAACUUCAUUCUCAUUUAAAUGGAUUCUUAGAUUUGGGCAUAAUCCCACUGUUAUAUUAACUAUUUAAAGCUACAGGACUGGCCAAAGUAAGGGCUGAUGUCUUUGAUUUAGCUGCAUUGUGAGCUUUGGUGGGUCCUGCCAUAUUGAUUAUAGGCCCACUAAACUGUAUAUGCUAAUAUGAAACACUUAAAAUAGGCAAACUCUUGUCCUGAUAACAUUAUUGGCAAACUUCAGGGUUGCCAGUAUUUAACAAUGUACCCAAAAAUAGACCCUUCCAAACAGACUUGAUUACCUGAAGGUACAGAUAAGUUGGUCAGAGCAUGAUGCUGAUAACACCAAGGUCACGUCUUUGAUCCCUGUAUGGACCAUUCACUUGAAAGUUGGACCCCAUGAUCCUUGUGGGUCCCUUCCAACUCAGAGAAUUCUCUGCUUCUGUGGAGUCCAGCAGCACACAGCCAGAUAGACAAGCACAGAACAGGAAAACACAGCUUUCCACCUAAGUGGCUACACUUUAACCUGAGGAAGAGGAACUGAGGAGGUUCACAGGAUGGUAGAUGAUGUUUUUGAGGGAGUUCCUUGUUAUUGGGUACAGGGCUGUUGUUUUUCUUAAUUUUGACCAGUUCUAGUGGUAGAUUCAACUCACUACUCCUCUUACUUUUCUGCCCCCUCUCAUGAACCAAGUCUACAUGAGCUGUGGAUAAAUAGUGUUUUGUAAUAAAGCAAUCUUUCUUUUCUACUACACUGAGUUUGCAGCCCAGUGCGGUAGGGCAAGGCUAAUACUGAAAAUAUGGCAAAUUGGAGCCAGGAUGUGAGAGUGAACAGCGUGCAGAGGGUAAACAGCAGCAUGCUCUUGAAACAGUUUUGAUGUCAAAGCAAGGAAAACAUGGGGCUGUAUCCUGCCUUGUCUUGGCUGGUUCAGAAUUACUGAGAGGGUGUCCCAAGCCUGAGCACCUGAGCUGUCCCAAGCAUGGCUCAGCAGCCACCCCUGCAUUACCUCUGGGACAGUUCACUUCAGCUGUGCAUCUUGAUUUCUUGCACAGGAGUUCUACAUCAUGAUUUCAUCUUCCUGCAUGGAUAGCAGGCAGAGUGAAAGAUCCUCAGUGUUAAAUUUUUAAACAUUUUGACUAUCCUAAGGUUUCUCAGGGUUGGGGUUUUUUUUUCUUUCAUUUCUUCAUAUUUAUUUCUACAAAGCAAGACAGUGAACUUUUAGUGCCCUCAAGGAUUAAAAAAAAAAAAGGAGAGAAAAAUAAAAAAUGAGAACUGAGAAUUUUGAAAUAAUUUUAAGAUAUUCAAAGUAGAAAGAGACCAAGUGUCUUUUUACUUUCAUACUAGCAGACUAGAUAUUAUCCUUUGAGUGACAUCAGUAAAUAUUUAGUGCUGGAGAUUUCUGAGGGAGAUGAUAAGUCUGCUAGACCUUAAGCACAGACCCCAUACUCCACUACAUUUCUGUAAAGCACCAUUCUUCUUUUGCAUCAACAACCUCUGUCAAAGUUGAAGCAGCACAGUUCACAGAGAGUUCUGGCACAAAGAAUAAAUCCCCAGUCUGGGGACAAUAAAUCGUCUUUUUAGAGACACAUGUGACAGUAGCAAAGCUUUCAGUGUUAGACCUUAAACAAAGAGAAGUCAUCUUGCAGUCUGAAUUGCUAGCAUAAAUUUAAUUUUAAAUCAAGUUCCAUUGUGCCGGGCAGCAUUACAACUAGAAAACGUUUUUUUUUUUUGUUUUUCUGCCUUUUGCUAUCCAAAUGUGGUUUGCAUUUUAAAAAAUGUAUUAAAUUGUAGAAAUCAGAGACGGAUAGGAAGAAGCCUAAUAAGUAAUUUUAUCCAUUUCCUUCACCCCUGUAGAGAUGAAUGCUUUGUCUAGUCUGGUUUUAAAUAUCUAAAGUGAUGAGGCCUCCACCUCUUCCCACAAGGGACUUCUCAGCCGUUUAACAGGCUUCUUUGUUAGGAAAUACUUGCCUCAUACUGAUCCCGUUUUUUUUUCUUCUGCAUAAUGUAGUCCCUUUCUUCUGUGCCCACUAUUUUAACUUUUAUGAAAUCUGGGAAAUGUAUCAUAUUUAUCCAUUUCAUACUGUAGCUGAAUAAUUCAUUAUCCUUGUUAUUCAAGUAACAAAAGAUAUAAGCAAGCAGUAGCUGAGCAGCUAAUACUUCACUGAGAUGGUGUACCAUGUACCAGUGGGUAUAUUUCCUGGCAAGUCCUGGCUGACACUGCUUUCUGCAUUAGGGAGUGAAAAAUGUCAAGAAUGUCAAGUGAAACUGAAGAAAUGCAUCUUCUCAAGUGCAUGCAUGGCAAUAUUACUGAAAUUUCAAGAGGUGCUGAGGCAAAUAGCCUACUUCUUUGGAUAGAGCUUUUCUUUCUAAAAGUGGAUGAUUUUAUUAAAAGUACUCUUUCAAAAAGCAUUUGAAUUUUCUUUUCAUAAGAAAACCUCUAAGAUGAGAAUCACACUAUGUCAAAACUCUUUAACUUGUUGAGAGACAAGGCUGGAUUGAUUGCCACUCACUGCUAAGCAGUUUUUGCUGACAGCUUAGCUCAGAAGAAAAAAUGAAUCCAGUGUUUGAAAAGAUGCCUUUGCAACUGUGUCACUGGAAUCAGAUCUGUGCAUGAAAAAAUGACUCAUGUUUUGACAACAGUAACUGCAUUUCUGAUUUAAUUACAAUAUAUUAGAUAAUCCUCAUUCAAAGGACAAGAAGGAGCAGUGUGACUAAGAAAAUCCUAGGUGGACAUCUAGAU